UGCAGAUGGCUGGUAGAAAGCCUUUCGCUCAGCUGUGAUCGCCACAAUCCUGAGCAUGUUUGGGCUCAGAUUGGACUGUAUAUACAGGGUAUGCCUUUGUCUCUCUCAUCUUCUUCUAUAUAGGCAUGUGUGGAGUUCCCUUGGAAAAACUGCCAUACCCUCCCUGAAAUGGAUAUUUAUCCAGCCUCUGUACUGUGGUAUUCUCCUAGAGCAGUCGUUCAUGUUUCGUAGACGACUGCCAAAAGAUGUUGAUGUUGAUGGGGGCAACGUUGAUUCCGUCGAAGAUGUUGCCCACAUCCCUUCCCGCGAGGACUCAGAGAAAAAGAAACCAAUGUUAUACGCUUGUGGUACCAUGUGGCAUGAAUCCGAGAUUGAAAUGGGACAAAUACUUGCCAGCAUUAUAAGACUCGAUAGUGCAGUCAAAAAGGAAGAUUCGAUCUUCGACUAUGAGACACACAUAAUGUUCGAUGAUGCUUUCGCGUACACAACUGAAACCACGCAGACGACCAAAUACGGUUAUCCAUGCAGCUCCCGUAAACCUGCACCGGAUCCACAGAGUCCAACUCAUGGAACCAAAGAAGAAGUCAAAAAUACAACAUACAAACGGAAAACUGUGAACAACUACGUGAAUAGCUUUUUUCGAAUAAUACUUGAGAACGUACCCCUGGUGGUUAUUUACUGCCUAACAAACAUUCUUUUGGAUAACAGAUAG